AAUAUUCGGUAAGUUUUAUACAUUCCACUGCACACCGCUUCAACACAACAAUGGGAGAACGCUAAAACAUGAUAAGUACCCGUUAUGAUUCGCUAAUCGAAAAUGGGACGCCGACAGUAACGACUUCAGCGAGGACUUUCUGGUUUGGUUUCCAUGCUCGAAAUUCUGGUCUGCUCCGCUUCGGCGUGCAUUCCCAGUUAGCACAUAUCUUCGACUGUUGGCUUUCGGCGCGUGCUUAUUGAGGAAGCUGGAGACACUAGCUCAAGUUUCGGCCUUGAUUGACCGGCAAAGUGAACUCGCUUCCGGUUUAAAUCUACCGCUCGUGCCCUACAAGGUAUGCGCGUCGCGGUGCAGCUGACAGCGGCUUUGCAUUGGCCGUCGCUACCCGACGAAUUUCCGGUGCUCCCCCGCAGAAUCUCGCACUCGCACACCUUGGAGUUCUACCGCGUUUAUGCCGAUGUGCUCGGUUGUUGAGAUCCUGACGGCAAGAAAGCAGGCGUCAUGCUGCGGAGUUGGACUUCAGGGUUGUUUUUCUCCGAUCCGCCCGGUCCCGUUUGUCAGGAUCGUGUGGUGGCUGCUCUGGACAGGUUUCCCCUUGAGAAGCGAUGUGCCGAGCUUGUCCACCUCUUCCAAGAACUUUCUCUCAAGGAAUUGCAGCACUACCUGCCGAUGCUGGUGGAGAGCAUCUUCGGCUUUGGGGCCCAGCUUGGCUGGGGCCUGAGGACCUUGGUGCAUAGAGACCACCCAAACGACUUCUCGGCCGUGCGCUUCUUCCUCGGGCCGCAGGGACCCCUGCUCAGCGUCCUGUAUCGGCUGCUCUCCGACGGGAGCCUCAAGUAUGACUUCCCCGUGGGCUGCCUUCCCUCUGCCACCCAGAAAGCCCUCAGUGAGGGUGUAAUUCCACCACUGUACGCUUCCAAGAUCUACUCCACCGGCAUCGGGAACCUGCAGUCAUCACUGCAGCUCAAUGCAUUUGAAUUCUACAUGUUUCAUUUUGCGUACCAUGUCGUCAACCCAAACCACAAUCAGGGGAACACUGGCGACAUUGGAGGUGGUUCCGAUGCCGUGUACCUGUCGCUGCUGGAGGCCUACCUCCAGUUCUACCUGCCAACCGACCGCAGCAGUUUCCCCGCCCUGCCUGGCUACUUCCCCAUGUCCUUUACGCCCCAGCUGAGUCCGCUGUACCCGGAACCCGACCCCUUUGGAUCUCCGCGCACCUCGACCCCCUUUGCCCCGGAACAGCCCCCGCAGCUGUACCAGCGCCGCAGCCUGCUCAAGCAGGGACUGGGGGGUCCCCAGGGGUCCCCCGUCUCCCCCGCUCGGCAGAGCCCUUUGGGGAGCGCACCGGGGUCACCGGGGGGAGAGGCCUGGUGCUCCGAGACUUUCCUGGUGCUCCUAGUGGAGUUCUGGCUGGGCAGGCAGAGCCCCAGGCCCGCACCCCAGACCGUCACCGCCGUGGGGUCCUUCCACCACAGCAUUGCGCCGGCAGCGGACAGCUUUCUGCCGAACGUGGACCAGAUGCGCAUGGUGCGGUCCCUGGUCAAGUACCUGCACUUCUUCACCAACUGUGACCCUCCCCAGCCGGCCACCAUCUAUCCGUGCACUAUCCCCGGACCUUUGGACGACCUCAGGAGCAAACUGAUCCCACAGCUGCUGAGAAAGAAGCUGUACAUCUUCCUGAAGCAAGCUCUCACCUCUUGGCCAUUGGAUGCAUCUUUCCGAUUGCCUCUGGAGACCUGGCUGAGUUUUCUGCAGCCCUGGAGGUAUGCCUCCGUGUACAGUAGGGACUGUGAGCAAGAGGAGCGACUGGUAGAGGGCCGCUGGCAGCCCUUUGUGCAGGAGAACCUGCUGUUCUACACUGCCCUGUUUGGUGUUCUGUUGCCGCGCUUCUUCCGCAUGGACCUGGCCAGCCGACGCAACUCCUUCAUGCUCUACAGGGUUACCAAGGUCCUGUCGCAGGAAAACCUUGCUUCCAUGAUCAUGGAAGCGGAAGGCAGCAUGGGCGGGAGCAGCGUGCCCAGCUCGCCCCAGCUGGGGGCCAGCACCCUGCUGCGGCGGGCUGUGAGCGCCACAACUGCCAACGUGGUGCGUCAGCAGAUGGGGGACCUGGAAGAGCCCGGCUUCGUCUACCAGCCCAUGUUUGGCGAGGACGUCCGCUCCAAGGUGAAUCAACUUGUGCGGUUGCUGUCCCAGGCCUGGCAGGCACUGGACAUAGAGCGCCAGGUCCAUGGGCCCCAGGAGUCUGUCUCCUGGUGGGGCCGUCUGGGGACAUUCCUGGGGGCCUGGGGUCCCCAGGAUGAGGCACUGGAGCUGCGACGCACCCUCUCCUACCUUCAGUCGGCCACCAAUGACCUCUGCCACCUCUUCAAGCUCCAGUUACCGUCCAUCUCGAGCCUCGGAUCAACGACGCUCGACUCCCCCUUGACACGGUCCGAGCCGGGGAGGGACGUGGCGGACUCCCGAGACCUGAGCUUCCUCCAACGGAGCGUGCAGAGGGUGGCCAGACAGAGGCCCUGCAACGUCGGCUACCAGGGCAACCCAGACACCCAGCCGAUCCGUAGCUACGAGAUCACCUUUCUCGUCCGGAUUCUCCACGCCCUCUCCUGCUACCUCAACGACAAGUACGGUCCGGUCAUGCAGGCCCUGUACCAGGGGGACAGCUUCUCGGGCCACCUGGCCAGGCAGCUGCUCUGCCCGCCCACGACCUACCAGAGGGUGACCAAGACCGGAGGGGAUCGGGCCCCUGUACGUGAGACAAUCCGCCUUCCCCCGAGGGUCUGCCUCAGGCCCCUGGCCCAGAAACAGGGCCUCGGCUUCCUGGGGUUCCUGCUCUUCUUCGCCUACACGUGGGGCUACAGCCCCCUGCUGGUGGCCUUCUUGGGACUGGUGUGGUUAGCGCUGCUGACGUUUGCGAGGGCGACGGUGUCCUGGGGACUGCGCGGGUUUUCCUGGUCCUCGGUGUCGUCGUCCCUGCGAGAGCAUCUGCACAGCUGAAGUGCAGCGGUGCGUCCCUUCAUCUGUUGUACCGGUCCGUGCGUCGACACUUCCAUUUCACCUUAUGGUGGACGCUAGCAGCACUAGGAGACAUCCCGGCCAAUCCAGCACUGCGAAUGUGUUGCACGACCACUCCCGAAAGUCGCGUGGCACUCGCAGUGCGCUGGAUUGCCUCAGGUGACCCAAAGCGUGUCCUCUGUGGUCCGUCGUAAGGUGGAACGGGCUGUAUCUGGCUGAAACGUUUCAUGAAGUGCCUGGGAGUAGUGCAUGUGAGGUGUAUGGUGUAUGAAGGAGGCGGGCUUACUGGGUAGAAAUUUGGGCAGGCAUCUUUUCUGCUGUUCAACUCUUAUCUCAAGCUGGCAUAGAGUGUGCCAUACACAGGUAAGAUGUGGGGUUUUAUUUUUUUACCGUCUUCCGGUGCCUUAUUGAAUAUCUGGCAGCAAUAAGGGCUAGAAUGUGUCGCUUAUCUCUUGAAUCUCUUGAAUGGAAUAGAGUGCAGCAAAACUGAGAUUAUGUUUUGCUGUUCUUAAACGGCUAAAUAAACGAUCGACGUGUUGAGAUCUUGAAAUGAACAGUCGACGUGUCAAAAACAAUAAAAAACAAGGAUGUUUCCCA